UAAACAAAUUGUUAAUGGAUAUGAUGUGUGUGAGUGUGAACUUGUACCUAAUUGUAUUUAUUAAUAAUAUAGCAGGAAGUGAUAAGAGUUUCAUCGAGACUUUCGGUUUAUUUGAUUAAUUAAAAUGAAAAAAGAUAAUUGCAGAAGAUUUACUGUUAUUGAGUAGGCGCUUUGUAAAGUAACAACAAUCAAAUUUCAACUCGGAACACUCAUAUUUGUAGUAAAUUUGUAAAUUUACAAGAUGCUUGAUACUCUCUACGACUAUUUGUCGAACAUACCCGGCUAUCAUGUUUUGGGGCUUGGACUUGUUGCUUACUUGGCAUAUUAUCUCAUUUUGGUGGUUAAGCGUCCCACAUUCGUUUGCGCUGAUGGUCCAUUGAAAAACUUUCUAAUGCGAGAAAUACCAACCUUGAAUAUGAAAUUCUGGCCGACAUUUUGGUGCUUGGAUAGUCGUGCUCAGACAAUUUUCGCCAGUGUUUUACGUUCCAAGACAAUACCUUCGAUUGAAUAUAAGAGAGAAAUUUUCACACUAAAAGAUGGGGGCGAAGUGGCUUUAGAUUGGAUGGCUGAUAAUUGUGAUUCGAAUUCGCCUUGUGUUAUCAUUUUGCCUGGCUUAACGGGCAAUUCACAGGACGAAUAUGUAAAAUGCCUCGUAUUUGCCGCUAAUAACUCAGGCAUACGUGUGGUGGUCUUCAAUAAUCGCGGACUUGGUGGCGUGGAUUUAAAAACACCGCGUCUUUAUAACGCUUGCAACUGUGAAGAUCUUGCCGAAGUGGUGCAACAUGUACGGAAGGUGGUGCCGGAAUAUUGUAAGUUGGGAGCUACCGGUAUUUCAAUGGGCGGGCUGGUCUUGGGUAACUAUUUGGCACGACGAAGUGAGGAGGCCCGGACAUAUUUGUCGGCAGCGAAAAUUAUUUCUGUGCCUUGGAAUGUGCAUAAAGCUAUUGAUAGCAUUGAACAGCCUAUUUUAAAUAAUCUACUCGGACGUCUAUUGACGCAAAGCAUGUAUCACACACUAAAGCAAAGUGGUCUUCACAAACAUCAGGAUUUGGAUAUGCGAAGCAUUAAAACGAGCAAGACAAUUAGAGAGUUCGAUGCCCUGUUCACUAUUAAACAUUUCGGCUACCCAAGUGUGGAUGACUAUUAUAAUGAUGCUACUUUACAAAAUAAAUUACAUCAAAUAUCUGUGCCAUUACUUUGCUUGAGCGCUGCCGAUGAUCCGUUUCAGCCACUAGAUGCCAUUCCUCUAGAAGCAGCGAAUAAAUGCAGUCAUGUUGCCAUCAUCAUAACAGCUCGAGGCGGUCAUAUCGGUUUCCUCGAAGGUUGCUGGCCCUCAACAAAAGAUCAAUAUAUGAGCCGUGUUUUCGUAGAAUACUUUACUAAAGCUUUAUUCGAUGAAAAAGGUGAAUUUCAACGGAUUAAAGAGGAUCUGCAUCGUGUUUAUCUCGAAAAACAAAACUGUUGAAUUCCUUCAUUAAUGAAAUGUUUUAAUGUUAAUUAAAUAAAUAUAUACAGUGUUAUACAAAUGUACUGAUUCUCGUG